CUAAUCAACAGCUGAUGGAGAUUAUUGUGCACGUGAACAACUGAGCACAACCGGCACGGGGCGCAUCUGUGGGGUCUGGUUGAUAUUCUCAGGUUUGUUGGAGUUUCACUUUUAAUUACACAAGAAAAUAGAACCGCAGGUGAAAAACUGGAGCUACGUUCUAAUAAUGUUUGACUUGAAGAAAAGAAACAGUUUGACUCUGAGUGGCACCCUUGAGGCGGCAGAAUUCAGGCGAGUGGCGGUCCGACGGAAAGAUAAAGGUGCGACAGGGGACUGCCUCGUCCCAGAUCUGGACAGUGGAGUGUGCGGCUCAUACAGCAGUGGUCGGGCUUGUGACAGUUUUUGUGGGACUAAACCAAAUUCUGAACUUAAAGCAAAUGAGGAUUGUGAAAACAGGCAACCAAAGACACCCACCUUAAAGUCUGUAGUGGCUCCUAAACCAGCUCACCUGCAGAGGACAGGACAAGAUCAAGCCUGCAAUCCUACUUUAGAAACACAAAAACCUCAACAAGUAAAUAGAACAACCCAAGACCCGACUUCCAACAAAGAUUGUGGAAACUGUGGUUCUUGUGUUACCCUACAGACUUGUCAAGGGUCCCCCGGUCCAGUUAGAGGUGGAAGAAGCAAUUUUUUGAAUCCAGUGUUUAGUGCUCACCUCACCCCAGGCAGGCAGGCUCUGGGGCUUGUUUCAAGAUCCCAAAGUCCAGGCAAAAGAAGCAUUCAGGGAUGUUCAUCGAAGGAAGAAGGCCACAGCCCUGCUAAGCUUUCCCCAAGAAACCGUAGUCCUCUCAUGGGAAAACUGCGUACUCCAAGCCCCGUUCAGAAGAAGAUGGGCAGCCAAAGCCCUGCCAGGAGCUCCAGGUCGUGGCUGGGCCUGCACAGAAUCUCAAGUGAGAAGCUGGAAAGACGAGAGAAGAAGGCAGAGAAAUCUUUAAGUGUGCCUGAUCUAAUAAUCUACAUGGAUGAAACCAGGAUUCCUGUUGAAAAAGCUGUUUGCUCUCCUCUGAAAUCAUUGCAAUCAGCUAACUGUGAUGGGCCUGGCAUCACUAUCAAGACACCAGCUAAAUGUAAGCUCAGUACCACAGAUGGAGGCCAUAUUUGCAUUAAUGGCAAUGAGCUUUCCCCAGGACAACAGAAUGGCGUAAAACAGGACAAAGAAGAGUCGACAGAAAACAUAAUGGAUGAAGGCAAGGCACUCAGAAGGUGUGGUAGCAGGUAUUUGUGUGAGUGGAAUAAAGCUACCACAAGAGAGGAGAGCUGUCAUCUGGGUUCAAACACUGAAAAUAAUGAGGAAAAUGAGAGGAUGAAUGAAAGUGGAGGAAGUGAGCCAAAAAAUGAAGAUGACAAAGAACAGAAAUUAUACAAGAUAGCUAAUGAGUUCCUGCAGACAGAGAGGGCAUAUGUGGCUCGUCUCCACCUUCUCGAUCAGGUCUUCUGUUUACACCUUACACAAGAAGCUGAUCGCGGCUCAUUUCCUCCUGAGGUCAUAAAAAAUAUCUUCUCCAACAUCUCGUCGAUCUACUCCUUCCACAGCCAGUUUCUACUGCCUGAUCUGGAACACUGCAUCAUGCACUGGGAUGAAGGCCCUGGUCUGGGUAAAGCUCUUCUGCAGCAUGCACCCUUUCUGAGGAUGUAUGCCGAUUACAUUGGGAACUUCGACCGAGCCAUAGAACUGGUCAGGACCUGGACUGAACGCUCAUCUACUUUCAGAAACAUCGUCCAUAACAUACAGAGUCAGGAAAUGUGUUGCAACCUCACCUUGCAGCACCACAUGUUGGAACCAGUGCAGAGGGUCCCACGUUAUGAGAUGCUACUAAAGGAUUACCUGAAGAAGCUUCCUGAAGAAAACCCAGACUAUGAGCUUGCUAGUAAAUCCUUGGAGGCUAUUUCAAUGGCAGCCAUCCACUCAAAUAGCGCCAUCCACAAAGCUGAGAACCUUAGACGACUUCUGGAGAUUUAUGAGAUGGUUGGAGAAGAAGUGGUCAACCCAACCAACGAGUUUCUCAAAGAAGGUCGCCUGCUUAAACUCGCUGCUAGGAACACAUCAGCCAUGGAGAGACAUGUCUUCUUGUUCAACAACUUUCUGCUGUGCUGCUCCGCAAAGUUCAGUCUGGUAGGGCAGCGGUUUACUGUCCGUUGCAGGAUUGGAGUGGAUGGCAUGCAAGCGCAGCAGACUACCAAUGAAGACUAUCCAUACACUUUCCAGGUCUCUGGCAAGGAGAAGACCCUGGAGCUACAGGCCAGCUCUGAGCAGGAGCGAGACGAGUGGAUUAAGGCGAUUCAGGAAGCCACUGAUGUGUUUCAGAAGAAAAACGAAUCCUUUAAACUGGUUUCAAAGGAGCUCAAUACAGAAGAACCUACUAAGGAACUUGGUCGACGAGCCCCUCGCUGGAUAAGAGACAAUGAGGUGACCCUGUGUAUGACAUGCCAGGAGCCUUUCAACGCACUCACCAGGAGAAGACAUCACUGUCGGGCCUGUGGCUAUGUGGUGUGUUGGAAGUGUUCAGACAACAAAGUGGCCUUAGAAUAUGAUGGUAACAGGCUGAACAAAGUGUGUAAAGCAUGUUACUCCAUCCUGGCUGGCCAGAGAGCUGAGAGGAUGGACUGGAAAAAGAGAAGGAUGCUGGAGUCGGAAGUGUAUCCAGAGUCCCAGGACUGUGUUUUAAGUGGGUUCCUACAAUAUGGGGACAACUCAAUGAUUUGUCGAGACGUGUGGUGCAUUCUCAGUGGGACUAAUCCUCCAUUUUUCCACAUGUAUAAUACUCCACAGGAUGAGAAGCCCCUGCUUACCCUGCCAUUACUCAGCUGUGUGAUAGAGGAGAUGCACAAUCAGAACUGUUUUUGUCUCAAAGAGUCCAAAACCAGCUACAUCUUCUCCUGUGAUGAUCUGGAUGUGAAACAGAACUGGUUGACAGUCCUUAAACUUACUGUUAUGAGAAGUUUGUGAUCCACGGAAAUGGAAAAUUCCCUCAGUGCAAAAAGAGCCUACAACCGUGUACAUGAACAGAUAAAGGAAUAUUUGAAAUGAGAGCAAGAGAAGUGUUUUUUUUUAUUUUGAUUAAAAGUGGUUGUGCACUUUAUUUCUGAUAUGGUUGACAAUAAAAAUAAAUAAAGCAAAGGUGUUUUUAACAUGA